CCGAAGUUUAAAAUUUCCUGGUACUGUAGCUAGCUUUGAGGACUAAUUCUGCAGACACAAAAAGGAUGUCACUUUCCUGCACAAGAAACUUCUUUCGGCGCUUCUGUAUCGAGGAAUUCGGAAUGGGAAGUCUUGCUCACAGUAGCUUCUUGUCUAGUGAUCUCUUGCCAUCCCUCGGAGCAAGAAUCAAUCAGACAACCAAACUCCGGAAAUACAUUAUUUCCCCUUUCAAUGCCCGUUAUAGGGCUUGGGAGAUGUUCCUGGUUCUUCUAGUCAUCUACUCAGCCUGGAUUUGCCCAUUUGAGUUUGCAUUUCUGCCUUACAAACAAGAUGCACUUUUCAUAAUCGAUAACAUUGUCAAUGGCUUCUUUGCCAUUGACAUUUUCCUCACCUUCUUUGUCGCAUACCUCGACAGCCAUUCAUAUCUCCUUGUGGAUGAUCCCAAGAGGAUUGCAAUAAGGUACAUAUCUACGUGGUUCAUUUUCGAUGUCUGUUCCACCGCACCAUUUCAAUCCAUCAGCCUUCUCUUCACUAAUCACAGCGGUGAACUCGGCUUUAAACUGCUAAACAUGCUCAGACUCUGGCGCCUCAGGCGCGUUAGCUCCCUGUUUUCAAGACUUGAAAAGGAUCUCCGAUUCAACUAUUUCUGGACUCGCUGCACAAAGCUUGUCUCGGUAACCCUUUUCGCAGUCCACUGCGCAGGAUGUAUUAUCUAUCUGAUUGCAGAUAGAUAUCCCGAUCCAACACGAACUUGGAUCGGUGCUGUCAAUCCGAAUUUCAAAGAAGAUAGCUUGUGGAACAGAUAUGUAGCAACAAUGUACUGGUCUAUCACAACAUUAACCACAACUGGUUAUGGGGACUUACAUGCUGAGAAUCCCAGGGAAAUGCUUUUUUGCAUCUUUUACAUGCUCUUCAACUUGGGAUUGACCUCUUACAUCAUUGGUAACAUGACAAACUUGGUUGUUCAUUGGACCAGCCGCACCAGAAACUUCAGGGAUACAAUCAGAGCUGCAUCAGAAUUUGCCACACGGAAUCACUUGCCCCCGCAAAUACAGGAUCAAAUGUUGUCACAUUUAUGUCUAAGAUUCAAGACAGAGGGAUUGAAGCAACAAGAGACCUUAAAUGGUCUGCCAAAAGCAAUACGUUCAAGCAUUGCGUACCAUCUGUUCUUCCCCGUUGUGCAAAAAGUCUAUCUCUUCCAAGGGGUUUCUCAAGACUUCCUUUUCCAAUUGGUUUCAGAGAUGGAAGCAGAAUACUUCCCACCUAGAGAAGACGUAAUUCUGCAGAAUGAGGCUCCUAGUGACCUCUAUAUACUGGUCUCAGGAUCAGUGGAUUUUAUAUCCAAGAUUAAUGGGCAUGAUCAAGUUCUCGGAAAAGCACUUGCAGGAGACGCAUUUGGAGAAAUUGGAGCCUUGUGUUAUAGGCCACAGCCAUUUACAGUUCGGACUACAGAGCUUUCUCAGAUAUUACGACUCAAUAUUACUCCACUCAUGAACACCAUACAAGCCAAUACAGAAGACGGACACAUUGUCAUAAAUAACUUCUUCCUGAAAAUGAAGGGCCAAGAAAGCUUAGAAUUCGAACACCCACAUGCAGGUCCGGGAUUGGUUCUCAAUGAGUGGCCUGAUGGAGGACAGACAGAAGGAUGCUGUUCUUACACGGGAUGUCGAGACAACUCAUGUGAGAACACACUAUUGCAAGAAACAAAAAUCCAUUUUCAAGGACCGAAAGCAAUGGGGAAGGGUGAGAAUACUCUAAUGCGAGAAACGAAAAUGGAUAUCCAAGGACCGAAGGCAAUGGGGAAGAGCGAUACGGGCAAUUCCCAAGCUCCUACUAGACCGGCAUUGCACAUGAACUCUAUGACUCGUGAGGGUCAAAGGGCUCUAAAUGCUGCUGUUAGCAGAGGGCAUCUUGAGGUGGUUAAGAAUUUACUUGGAGGAGGACCAAAUGUGAACAAAUCCGACACCAGAGGAAGGACUCUGAGAGGUCUGGCAGAACAGCAGGGAAAUAAAAGCAUAUGUGACCUUUUACUAAGUUACGAAAAUAGAAGAAAACCAGACAAACAUAAAAUCGAGUAUAUUGGGCCAGAAGCAGGUGAAAGCAAUGGAUUUUUCCAUUCGCACUUGAAGGGGGAACCAAAUAGCUCACACUUAAGCACCUCGAGUUCUUCUGGUGAUCCAAAGGAAAUCCAACCAACAAGGAAAAGAGUUACCAUCCACAUGCAGUUCUACAACAGAAGCGCACAUCUGCAGCACGGAAAGUUAAUAAUCCUACCUGAUUCAAUUGACGAGUUGUUGAAGAUUGCAGGUGAAAAGUUCGGAAGCAACAAACCAAGAAAAAUCAUCAAUGCAGAGAACGCAGAAAUCGAUGACAUAAGUGUCAUCCGAGAUGGCGAUCAUCUGUUUUUCCUUGAUUACAACUAUGACAAAAUAGAUGUUGAUGGGACCUAACAUUAUUCAAAAGAGCAGUAGAUGCAUAUG